GUAAUUCAUACUAUUUUAGCUAAAAUGGAUAUUGAUAGUAAUCCAAAGUAUCGCCGUAUAAACCAAGAUAUUGCCGAAGGUCGUUUUUACGACUCACUCCAACACGUGCUGAGCGCGUCGAAGCGGGCAAUAAUAAGCAAGAAGUAUUAUGAAGCGUUCUAUGUUUUACGCCAUUUUGCAGGGGUGUACAUAGGGGUAAAGGAAUAUGCCCAGAGUCUCGAGUUAAUGAAGGAGUAUAUUAAUAUCGCAAAACAGGGGUCAAUAAGCCUCACUACCGAGCAUGUGGAGCAAAUUAAUACCUUUUUUAACGCCGUCACUACGGCAUUGUCUGUGGAGGAGCCGUCUGGACCACUCACCAAGGAAAAGAUAGUUGAAGGAGCACUGGCAAUCAUGGAAGACGCUUUGGAACUUAUACCAGAUAAAACAUUAUACAAGACAUUGGGGCAAUAUUACAUCAAUGAACGGGAUUUGGCAGUAGCACAAAGGUAUUUAGUCCAUACCCAGGAUGUUGAGGCGAUUUAUGACAUGUUGGAAAAGUGGUGUUCACAUGUUGAGGAGCAUGAACGGGGAUUCAUAUACCUACGUUGUAUACUAAUUCAGUUGGCACUGGGAGAUAGUACCAGUGCUAAGUGCCUCCUGCUCAUGUUAAACCUGGAUUUCGAAUCUGGAGAGGGAGUACCAUUGCCAAUACAACUGGCACAUAUACUCACUGAAAUCUGUGAAGAACCUGAUUUCCAAUUGUUCAAAGUUACAUGUAAAGUAUACAAAACAAUCAUCGAGGCGGAUCCUAAUUUCAUCCGAUUGAUAUUAGCCAUCAGACAAAGGAUAUUCCCAGGACAUAACGAUCCUACCGAUCCCUUUAAUAUCAACGCAUCACCAUCACCCAUGGAAGGUAACCCUUUUGCAGCUUUACUAGGGCCAUUCAUGCAGAACUUUGGCCCGAUCAGCUGAUUUUUAAGUUACAGUUCACAAUGGAAAUA